GUGACGUCACCAUUCAUCGGCUCUUGGAGUGACGUCAUUACUCCGCGCCUCACUCACAACUGUGAUCUUUGCUCGGAUAUUUUGCAUUUUUAAACUUUUUUGUGUCAAAAGGAGUUUUUAGUCUCGCUCAACUCAAGUUUGUUUCGCCUCCAUAGUCGAAGAAGUCACCGACUGUAGUUGGGGAUGAGUGACAGCGACGAUGACGUUCCGACGCUGUCCGCGCACACUUUAGCGGCUCUGCGGGACUUUUACUCGCAACAAGACGGCAGCAGCGAGGCCGCUGAGGACGUCAACACCUCGGAUCAUUUUGCUGUGGGAGCGCUGGGAGAGGACUGGCGUCUCAGUCAGUUCUGGUACACGGAGGAUACUGCAACAUGUCUGGCUGAGGAACUGCUGCAUGAAGCUGGACAUGGAGGCAGGGUGGCGUGUGUCAGCACCCCCAGUGUGUACCAGAAGCUCCGUCAGAUGAGUGAUGCAAGAGGUGUGUCGGCGGUGCUGCUGGAGUACGACCGCCGCUUCUCCAUCUACGGCCAGGACUUCAUCUUCUACGACUACAACGAGCCGCUGGCGUUGGCGAGCAGCGUGCCGCCCCACAGCUUUGAUGUGGUGCUGGCGGACCCUCCCUACCUGUCAGAGACGUGUCUGAGCAGAGUCAGCCAGACCGUCAAGUUCCUCAGCAAAGGCAAAGUGCUGCUGUGCACAGGAUCCAUCAUGGAGAACCUGGCCAAACAGCUGCUGGAUGUCAACGUCUGCAACUUCCUGCCGCGACACAACAAGAACUUGUCCAACGAGUUCCGCUGCUUCGUCAACUACCCAUCAUGCCUGCUGGCCUGCUGACCACCGGCUGUAUCCACAAAACACAAAACCAGUGAAGUUAGCACGUGCAGAAUGUGGCUUGGCAUCGUCUCGCUGAAAUAAGCAGGGGCGUCCAUGGUAACGUUGCUUGGAUGGCAACAUAUGUUGCUCCAAAAGCUGUAUGUACCUUUCAGCAUUAAUGCUGCCUUCACAGAUGUGUAAGUUACCCAUGUCUUGGCCACUAAUACACCCCCAUACCAUCACACACUAAUCACUAAUACACCCCCAUACCAUCACACACUAAUCACUAAUACACCCCCAUACCAUCACACACUAAUCACUAAUACACCCCCAUACCAUCACACA